AUGGCGGCGGUGCUUACCCGAGCCGGCGCCCGCCUGAAGCGAUCCGGCUCCGGCUUCCACCUCCGCUCCGUCCUCGCGGGGCACGGGCCCUUCUCAUCUGAAGCCGCGACGACUGCUGCUCCCGCGGCCGCCGUGGACGACCGCGCGGUCGCGGCCACGGGCGAGGAGGACGGGGACGACCUGCGCAGCCGCAUCUUCCGGCUGGGCCUGGCGAAGCGGAGCGCGACGGCGGCGCUCGAGAAGUGGUCCAGUGAAGGUCGCGCCGCACCCGCGGCGGAGCUCCGCGGCAUCGCACGCGACCUCAGCCGCGUCCGUCGCUACAAGCACGCACUCGAGGUAGCAGACUGGAUGAAGACACAUCAUGAGUCUGAUUUAUCUGAGAGUGACUAUGGAAUGCGCAUUGACUUGAUUACCAAAGUUUUUGGUGCUAGUGCUGCUGAAGAUUUCUUUGAGAAGCUUCCUCCUGGAGCCAAAUCGCUAGAAGCCUACACAGCUCUUCUCCAUUCUUAUGGCCGAUCAAAGAUGACAGAUAAAGCUGAAAGGCUGUUUGAGAGAAUGAAGGAUGCAAACCUGUCUAUGGAUGCCCUGGUUUAUAAUGAGAUGAUGACCUUGUAUAUUUCUGUUGGGGAGCUUGAUAAAGUGGAGAUCAUUGCAGAAGAACUAAAAAGGCAAAACGUUUCUCCUGAUCUCUUCACUUACAAUCUCCGGGUCAGCGCAGCAGCUGCGUCCAUGGAUCUCGAGGGCUUCAAAGGAAUUCUCGAUGAGAUGUCCAAAGAUCCAAACUCCAAAGAAGGGUGGACAGUAUACCGAAACCUCGCCUGUGUAUACGUUGAUGCGAGCCAGCUUGUGGGCUCUGGAAACUCGCUGGUGGAGGCCGAGGCCAAGAUCAGCCAGAGGGAGUGGAUAACCUAUGACUUCCUCGUCAUCUUACACACCGGCCUUGGCAACCAAGAGAGGAUCAAGGACAUUUGGAAAUCCAUGGUAAUGACUUCGCAGCGCAUGACGAGCCGGAACUACAUCUGCGUGCUCUCCUCCUACCUGAUGUGUGGGCAGCUGAAGGAUGCCGGGGAGAUCGUUGACCAGUGGCAGCGUUCUAAAGCCCCCGAUUUCGACAUCUCUGCCUGCAACAGGCUGCUGAACGCCCUUCUGGGUGCCGGUCUCACCGACACGGCAGAUAGGUUUAGGGAACUGAUGCUGCAAAAGAGUUGUAUACUGACUAGCAGGGCAACUGUGGUUGAGUGA